AUGAGUGUUCCCCGCAGCAGCAGCAGUAGCGAUUCAUCCCCUCAUCCUCAUCCUCCCUCUUUCACCGGUGAAUCAACGGUGAAUCACCCUUCUCGUUCCGCUCCGAGGAGCAUCAAUGAUGAUCGAACGAGCAGUCAUAAUCUGAACACAACGAACCUUCCUACACAUCCACCCACAACAACAUCACCAUCACUUCUCAAAUUAAAUAUAUCCAAUUCAAAUGCAACUGUCCAUAUCCACAAGGAUUUAUUAAUGCGUUUACACAAUUUUUUUAUUAAUCAAAACCAACAAGUCGAAUAUCAACAACAACAAGUCUACGUAUUACUCUUUGGAUACAGGACUCAUACGUAUCAAAAUAAGAAUAUUCAUAUUGAAUCUUUUAAAAUUAUUUACAACAUUGACAUAUUCAAUGAAUACAUCAAAACACAUCACGAUGAAAAUAAUUUAGAAUUGUUAGGCUUUUCUUCUCAUUCAUGUGAUGAAUAUAUUAAUAUCGCUAAAUUGAAAGGUUUAUUUCAAUUUUUUCAUCAAUCGGUAUUGAAACAUUAUUGGUUGAUCUAUCAACAAGUUUAUUUAAAUAAUAAUAACAACAACAAUAAUUCAACAAGUACUCAUUCCAAUCAAUUACAUCAACUUAAUUUUAAAUCUAUUUUAGAAAGAUAUAUUGGUUUAAAUAUCAAAUAUUGCAUUCAAGAUCAAAUCUAUGGAGGUGAAGAUGAAGUAUUUGUACAAUUAUUGUCUUACAACACCAAAGUAUAUUCUCCAUACAUUCAGAAUUCUUACACUCAAACUCUGUAUGGCAAUAUAUUGUGUUCAAUCAAUGAUCCCAUUGAUUUUCAAUUCUCAUGUAGACAAGAUAUUAAUUUGGUAGUUAAUACUGGACAAUUGUCUCAAUUUUCCAAUGAUGUUCUUUCCAUGUAUCGUAUGCCUGCGAACAUUUCAUCUCAUUCAAUACGAUCAUGGCAUGAUCCAUCGACGAUGCAUCUUCAGUGUGUGAGUGAUGAGCAACACAGUUUGGAGGUUUUUGAUCCUUCUUCUUCUUCUUCAUCAACAACAACAACAACAACAACUUCUACUGUUCAUCAUCAUCAUUCUAUGAGGAACGUCCCACAUUCUUCAGGUACUACUGCCACCAGCUCCACAACAUUUAGUGAUCUCAUGGCAUCGUCGUCAUCAUCACAGAAUCCUAUUGCUGAAUGCAUGAAUCAAGUAUUUCUCAGUAAUAAUUCUAUACCCUAUCUCGAGAAAUGGAUAUCUGAUCAGUUGGAUGAUCAUCACGGAAGCGAAAUUAUGAAAUUGUUGAGAGAAUAUGAACUAUUGGAGAAGGAAAAUGCAUUAUUGAGAGAAGAACUAGAUUUGAUCAACUCUGAAGAUUAA